GAGAAAAAAAUUGCAAAUUGCAUUGGUUCCUCUAUCGAUAUCUCAGUGCUUUGGAUAUUUCUCAUAUUUUGCUUAUUAUUUGGACUCGCUAUCCGCCAUUUCAGUGAUUUUUACGCUGGUGAAACGGUAGGUUUUUGGUUUCUGCAUAAAAUCAUACACUUGGCGAUGGAAGUAGAGAUAAGUCGUAAGCCAUCCGAAUUUUUCGAAACGGAGUUGUAUUCCGAUGGACGAUGA